UUGGUGCAAUCGGUAUCUGAAGUAGAGCACCAUUAAAAAUACUGGCGCACGGUAGUAAUUUUGAUUAGCGCCAGUAUCAGUUAAGCCGAGAAUGAUUCCACACCUAAUCAGCGUGUUAGUGCUUCUGAGCGCGGUUUUUGCUGCUCCGAAGGAUUCUUCGUCGAGGAUUGUGAAUGGCACGGAUGCACGGAUCGAAGACUAUCCUUUUAUGAUUUCAUUGCGAAGUAAAUCGGGGCGCCAUUCCUGCGGAGGGAGCAUUUUAAAUGAGCACUGGAUUCUAACAGCGGCUCAUUGCGUUGAUUAUUACAAUACCGUGUUUUACCAAUCAGUUCAAGUUGGGAGAACUGAUAUUAACGAGAAUGUCGACGAUUCUGUAUACCUCAUUGACGAUGUGGUAAUCCAUCCAUAUUACGAUGAACUAAAUAGCUUUGUCAACGAUGUAGCUUUGAUUAGACUUAAGAAGCCAUUGGAGUUCAAUAAUGUCAUCAAGCCGGUCACGUUGCCAAAAAAAUGGUAUGAAGUUUCGGAAAAUAACUUGAAGGUUACACUCAUUGGAUGGGGCAUGAAUGCGACCGGGGGUUCUAUCCCGACUACAUUACAAAAAGUAGAUUAUUUCAUCACUCCCAAUGAUGGAUGCAACAACAUUCAUGAUCGUCAUAUCUUUCCAAGCCAAAUUUGCGCAGCCACUCCCGGAGGAGGCAAAGGACAGUGCAGUGGUGAUUCUGGUGGCCCCCUUCUUCAAAAUGGAGUACAAGUUGGAAUCGUUUCUUGGAGUGUCAAACCAUGCACGGUUGCGCCAUAUCCGGGUGUGUUGACCAAAGUGUCCUAUUUUCUUGAUUUCAUUGAUGAGAAUAUUUACUAACGGGAACGUAUCACUUAGAUAAUAAAGAAAAUUUAUUCAGACUCGGUCAAAAA